GCCGCGCAGUGCGAGAGGAGGUUUGUCCGCCGCGGGCCGCCGUAUGCCGGGUGUGCUCUGCUGCCGCCUCCCUCGCUGCCGGAUCGGCCCGCGCUGUGCCCGCCCGGCCCCGCCAUGAGCGACAGGGCCGAGCUAGACCUCACCGGCGCCAAGCAGAACACGGGCAUGUGGCUGGUGAAGGUCCCCAAAUACCUGUCACAACAGUGGAAUAAAGCUUCAGGAAGAGGUGAAGUGGGAAAACUAAGGAUUGUCAAAAAUCAAGGAAGAACGGAAGUGUCAUUUACUUUGAAUGAAGAGCUUGCAAGCAUCAAUGAUAUUGGAGGAAAACCUGCUUCAGUCAGUGCACCAAGGGAACAUCCAUUUCUUUUGCAAAGUGUGGGAGGACAGACCUUAACUGUGUUCACAGAAACUCCAGUAGAAAGCCAAUCAGAAGAAAAAUCAGAAAGUGGCAGUGCUGAUAAACUUGCCUUGGAAGGAAUAGUGGUGCAACGUGCUGAAUGCAGACCUGCAGCUAGUGAAAAUUAUAUGAAGCUGAAAAGAUUACAGAUAGAAGAAUCUUCUAAACCUCUAAGGCUAUCACAACAGCUGGACAAAGCUGUAACCACGAACUAUAAACCAGUGGCUAACCAUCAAUAUAAUAUUGAAUAUGAGAAGAAGAAGAAAGAAGAUGGAAAACGAGCUCGAGCUGAUAAGCAACAAGUGUUGGACAUGCUUUUUUCAGCCUUUGAGAAACAUCAGUAUUACAACAUUAAAGACCUGGUGGACAUAACCAAACAGCCCGUGAUAUACUUGAAAGAAAUUUUGAGAGAAAUAGGCAUCUACAAUGUGAAGGGGACCCACAAAAACACAUGGGAACUGAAGCCAGAAUACAGACACUACCAAGGAGAAGAAAAGAGUGAUUAACAAAAAAAUUUCAAACCAAGAGAGAAUUACAGUUAUUGCACUGAGGGAACUGUGGUGGAUUUACAGGCAGGACUGAGCACAGUGCAAUUAUGCAAGGAUAAAGAUAAAAUAAAGCAGCUGAUACUUUGUAAUUUUCUGUAGCUCUUUUCCCAAGGAAUAUUUCUUGUAUGUUUCUAUAAGUGCGUUGUCUUUUGACAGGAAAAAAAUGUUUAUAGAAUAAACUUGUAUUAGAUUUAUCUUUACUAGAGCUCUGAACUUACUUUUUCUUUGUAGCUUUGUGGCUUUUCCAGGCCUCAAUGACUUUGAAGGAAAACAUGUCCUGGAGCAACCCAGGACUUUGUGGUUUUGCAUUCCAGUAUAACCAGGUUAAUACCCUCAGUUCUGCUGGGAUCUGCUAGGGCUUCAUCUGGAAGGCUGCAGGGGUACACAACCCUUUGUGCAGUGUUUGGGUGGAAUGGACAUGAUGCUACUAUUAGGAUCAGGCUUUAGGAAAAACAGCCACAACCAUGGUGCUCAUCACAGUCCUCAGACUCCGUGGGAACAAAUCAAUAGUUAAAAACCCGUAAAGCAAAGGCUGUUUGACACACAGGUCAGUGGGACAAGGACAGUCCCCUCCAGGUGAUUACUGAGAAAAAAUUGAAAUGCCUGUUAGGUACAGCAAGGAGUAGUUUUAUUUUUGUUUUCUUUUUAUGCUGAUACCUAUGUUUUGUUCAAGCAUAUCAAUAAAACAUUAUUUUAAUUUGUA